AUGAUACUUAUUUCGGUUAGGUUUAGUAGUAAUAUUUACAGAUUAUUUUUGGAUAUUUUGAACAAGCAGGAGCCGCCGCCGUGCGAGGCGCUGAGCGACGGCUGCCACGACGAGUGCUCGCGCAGCCCCGUCAACGACUCGGGCAUCUCCCCGGGGCGCAGCAGCGCCAGCGGCGGCGCGGCCAGCGCGCACGGCGGCCACGGCGACACCGACAGCAGCAGCAGCGGCGCCGGCAGCGCGGGCCCGUCGCCCGAGCGCGACGACACCACCCGCGCCGCCGUCGCCACCUCCACCCCGUCGUGGACGGUGCCGUCGCCCCCCGCCCACCCCGCCGCGCCCGGCGGCGGGACCGUCCCCGUCUCCUCCUCCGCCGCCGCGCUGGACGAUAAUGUGGUUACUUUAAGGCCCGACCCGAGCGGUUGGGACCAGUCCCCGGCGCACCCUCCGCUGUACUCGCCGCCGCAUCCGCACCAGUACAGCAACGGGCCCCCGGGCACCCCGCCGCACCUGCAGGGGUUCAGCAACGGGCUAGCCGGCGCCUCGCCGCCCCACGCCCCGCAGCACGGCCAGCCGCAACAACAACAGCAGCAGCAUCAGCAGCAGAGGCUGUACCAGGGCGCGCCUCAGCCGAACGGCGGCGGCCCGCGCUCGCCGGGCGACGAGCCCAUGGACGUGACGGACGCCGACGCCGACGGCGACGGCGACGCGUGCGGCGGCGCCGACGAAGAGCCGGGCUUGCGCGAGCCGCGCGUCAACGCGCAGGGCAAGGUGAAGACGUACCGCUGCAAGCAGUGCAACUACGUGGCCAUCACCAAGCUCGACUUCUGGGACCACUCGCGCAGCCACAUCAAGAUCGAGAAGAUGCUGACGUGCCCGCGCUGCCCGUUCGUCACCGAGUACAAGCACCACCUCGAGUACCACCUGCGCAACCACUCGGGCUCCAAGCCCUUCAAGUGCGACAAGUGCCCCUACACGUGCGUCAACAAGUCCAUGCUCAACUCGCACAUGAAGUCGCACUCGAGCGUGUACCAGUACCGGUGCGCCGACUGCACCUACGCCACCAAGUACAUGCACUCGCUCAAGCUGCACCUGCGCAAGUACACGCACAAGCCGGCCAUGGUGCUGAACCCCGACGGCAGCCCCAACCCGCUGCCCAUCAUCGACGUGUACGGCACGCGGCGGGGCCCCAAGAGCAAGCCCCACCCGCUGGGCGCCAAGGGCGACCUCAAGCAGGAGAGCAACAACAACGCCUGCGACGUGCCAACCACAGUGGCGCCGCAGAGCGCAGUCUGA